AUGGCCAGAAGGCUGCAAUGGGAUUACUCUGAUUGGGCAGGUUUGCCCUUUGAAGAAAUUCUUGAUCCAAAAAUCAAAAAGGAUGAAGAGGCUGGGAACUUACACAUUGGAAAGCUAACGCUGCCUGGGUUAGAAGAAAACGAAAAAGAAAAUGAAAAGGAGAAUACUCAACCUUCUUGUUCCUACUCCGAAAGUGUGGUGCGCGGAGUGAAAAGAGCUAAAGAAAAUGCGGAACCUUGUCAGAAGAAACGAAAGGAUUAG